CAGUCCCAGUCUCUGUAGCUGUCGAUGUCGAUGUUCUUGUGUACACUUAUUGAUAUUUGUUUAACUCAGUUAUUUCCCUCUCCGGCCGCUGUCCGCUCUCCUGUGUCCCUCGUUGCGCCACUCCAGCUGUCCCAGUCCCAGUGCCAGUGCCAGUGCCAGUCCCAGCGAUACUCCCCGUUCCCGCCCUACUCCCAGUUGCAGUCCUCGUCCGUGUGUGUAUGUGGAUCAUCGUGCAGCAAGAGCUUCUGGCCCAGGUCCCUUUCAUUGGCAGUACGAUAUCGUCAGUGGGUACCAUUCGACGUGGAACCGUUGGAUCCGCAUCGAACGCAUCGCAAUCAUCGAAUGCCGAUCGCCAGCUUCGUGUCGCGUCGCCUGUGCUAGAGCGAGAGCUUUCACUGCCAG